GCAGACGAAUGUGCGCUGUUGCUUCCGCUUGUUCGCGCCAGAUUUCAAACACCUAAAGGUUUACUCAUUUUUAAUGGGAUAAAUUAAUUAUGCCACUCUUAGGCAAGAAGAUUUUCGUCAGUGUGAAGCCUCUGAAGGAUAUCCGAUCAGAUGAGAAAGUCUACACGGCCACACAUUCUAAGGAACAGUUCCGAUCUCAGAAAGAAUUUGAUGAGCGAACAGCCUGGUAUAAUGAAAGAAUAUGGACUUGUCGUUGCACGGGUCACACCAAUCUAACUCAUCAGGAAGCCUGGAACUCAGAGAAAAUUGUCAACAAAUCUCUUAAACAGCAAUUCCCAAGUUUUCACCAUAAACCAGUUUUGGAACUUGUACAUCACAGUACGUUGACACUGGACACAUUAGUUGAUCAAGCUUGGCUUUUGCUACAACAGGUUCUGUCAUUGGAUGAAGUAGUGUCUCUUAAGGUUAAAGCAGCUGGGAAAUUGAUAAAAGGGCGUGUCAUCAAAGUCAACAAAGCUGGUGUUGAAGCAAAUCCUACAAGCAACUGUAACUCGCCUUCUAGUGACAAGGAAAACUCUGUUGAGGAUAGUAAUAGUUCCCCACAGAAAUGGCAACCUCCAAAGUUGCUGCCUUACAAGUACAGUUUGCGUCUAGAGGAUGAAGACAAAGUCAUCAACGAAAUCCCAGCUGUAGACAUAAGUCGACUGGAGAAAGUGCCAUCCAAGGAGCUGCUGAGAUUUUUUAUUCGAGCCAACGCCCUGAGGGUAGGGCAAAACCAGACCAGCCCAUGGGUCGUGGAUGACAUUCGGGUCAAAGAGUUUGGUCUGCCCAACAAAUUUGCUCACUUCUUGCUCUCUCCUAUCAAAACAGCAGAGAUGAACAACAAAGAGGAACAUGAAACAGUUUCUAAAAAAAGAAAACUUUCAUUGCAACCUGGCCCUGCUUCAAAGAAGGCCAAGAUAGAUAAAGUCAACAGUGUAAAGAAAACCAAGGACAAUGACAAAACAAAACAAACAAAAUUAAUUGGGUCAUCCCUUAAAAAGUCCUCAUCAGUAACAAAGUUGAAAACAAAUGACAAAGCUUCUCCGAAGAAGUCACCAAAGAAAUAUAAAACCCCUGAAAUAGUAGAUAUAGUCACUGACUCAAGUAGCGAUGAUGAGGAUUGUCCUCUAGCAAAGCUCCAGUCAUCUCCUUCAAAGAAUAAAACACCCACUAAAAAAUCUUCACCUAAAAAGGAAACAAAGAUGUCUAAAGCAAAGAAGGAAAAACAAAAAUCGAAAGUACAGAAGGACAAGAAAAAAUCUCUAAAGAAAAAUAAGAAAUCUGUUCUCGAAAAGAAAAAAGGCGACAGCAAAAACACCUCUAAUAAACGAAAGGUCAUUGAAUUGGAUAGUGAUGAUGAUCAGCCACUGUCAAAGCUGAAACAAUCUCCCAAGAAGAAUAUGAAGCAGAUGACUCUUUUUGAAAUGUCAAAAAAGAAAGGGUUAAAAACUCCAGAAAAGAGGAAAUCAACCUGUGGCAGCAACAGCACUCCAGAUAAAGGAACCAAGACACCUGACAGGAAGAAGGUGAUGUCCCCACCAAGGACUCCUGCCAUAGUGUCCAAGAUGCUUCAAGCUAAAAAGACGGAGGACCAGGCCAAGUUUAAGCUGUUUGUUCAGCAGGCUGCUAAAAUCCUGACUUCACCACAGAGGAAACGCUUACCUCCCGAGAUCAAGGAGAGUGUGGAGCGCAAAUACGAGCUCAUCGCUGAGAAAAAGAAAUUAAGCAAAAUGACACCAGAACAAAAAGAAGCUUACUUAAAAGAAAAGCAGGAAAAUUUGAAACGGAAACGUGAUGAACGAAAACAGGAAAUGAAGCAGAAAAACAAAGAAAGGAUGAAAGAGUUGAAUAAGAAAUAUGAGGAUCAGAAGCUGACUGGCAAGCCACUUCCUCCUCCUAAACUUGUACCCACCCCAGAUGGAUUUCCAAAUGAAAUGUUUGGUGAUGUUGCUUUUAUUGCGGAAUUCAUCAACUGUUACUCUGGUCUUCUUAUGCCAGAUGAAAAUUAUCCCUUAAGGACGGAUGCGCUGAUGAAAGCCUUGUCCUGUGGAAAUGAAGGGUUUACCUAUCUGUCACGUGCCUUAGUAGUUCUUCUUCAGACUCUACUGCAAGAUGAAAUCUCAGAGGAUUACCAAGAGAUCCGAGUGCCACUAUCAGACAUCCCGGUAAACCCCUGUACAGCAUCCGAGUUGACAAGGCUCUGUCUGAGGCGACAGGACGAUGGAGGACAUUCCUAUGAGGAUGAAGACGAACAAGAAGUUCCUGAUGCCUUGAUCCAGUUGCUGGAGUCCCAGGAGAUGUAUCAACUGGAAAUAGCCCAGAAACUACAGAUCAUGAAGGGUCUAUGUCUGAGGAUCAUGGGCACAUAUUCAGUACAAGACUUCAUGGAGGAAAAGCAGACAGAGGCUUCUAAACUCUGGAGGAAGAAGCUGGCUGUGCUUAAAGUAAAGAAUACUGAAUUAAAGAAAGUAAAAGAAAAGAAAAAGAAACAGAAAGCUGAGCAAGCUCAGAAAGAACCAGAGAAGAAUAAAACAAAGGAGGAGAAAUCAUCAAAUCUGACCAUAUCUCACUUCUAUGGUCAAACACCUGCCGACCAGAGUGACUCGUCCAAGCCAGCUACUCCCGAACCUAUAUCUGCUGACUCCACAGAGGAUGGGGAAGACUUGGCUUCAGUGGUGAAACGACGAAGGAUCAGUGCUGCUAAAGUUGCAGCCGAAAAGGAGCAGCGACAAUAUGAGACGAGGAAACAGAGAGAAAAGGAAUAUGAAGUGUACAGGAAACAGAAAGAGGAAGAGGAUUUUGAAAAAGAGUUUGUUCGUGGAAUUGCCCUGGCAAAGGCUGCACUUCGUCAUACACCGAUAGGGACAGACAGGAACCACAGUCGGUACUGGGUUUUCUCCGGGGUUACUCCUGGCAUCUACAUAGAGAAAGGCUGGGUUAAUGAGGAGAUCGAUUACUGUACCAGAAAGGCAGGGUCUAACUGGGACAGUGAUGACUCGGACACCUCCACCAACACAGGAAAUAAGGACUAUGAUCAGCAAAAUGUUGAAACUAGUGUUCCACAUUUUGGCCAGAACUUGUGGUUUACCUACUUAUCAGUAAAGGAAUUGGAUGAUUUAAUAGACAGUCUACACCUACAAGGUUGGCGAGAGAGUAAGCUGAUAAAAGAACUUAAGAAUCGAUAUGCAGAGAUAUGUUCUGGUAUCAACCAGAGCAAAAGAGCUGUUUGUGAGCUAAGGGAUUCAGAUGGCGACAAAGAAAUGCUGAAUGGAUUUAAACAGGAACUUUUGGAUACCGAGACAAAGCUACGCUACGGUGGUUUAGGUGGUGUGAAUGGCUUUGAGGUUUGGGAGGCCAGGCUGGAAUCAACGACAGAUAUUGCAGAAUUUGGUAAAUUGAUGAUUCAGACACAAGAACAUGUAUCAAAGAAAUUUUGCCAGGGCAUCAUGGGGGAGAAAAAGAAAAGGACAAAGGUGGCCGAGGUGACAGAAGUGAAGGAGGAAAAAGAAGCAGAAGAAAAUGAAGAGGAGGAGAAAGAGAUCAAGGGCAUCGUGGAAUGGCGUGAGGCGGUAGAGAGUGCAACUACAUUGUCACGACUUCACGUCCUAAUGGGCAUCCUAGAUAACAGUAUCAAAUGGGAAAAGUCGGCAGAGAAUGCGAAAUGUAAAAUAUGCCGCAAAAAGGGAGAGGACCAGAAGCUGCUGUUGUGUGAUGAAUGUAAUCAACCGUUCCACAUGUACUGUCUCCGACCUGCCCUCAUGGAGAUACCUAAAGGGGAUUGGUUCUGUGCCUCCUGUAUGCCACAGAACCAAAGACGGAAAUCUCGAGUGUAUAACGCUGACUUUGAUGACCGAAGGAAGACUAGUGAUGGAUACACAAGUGACUCCAAUGACUCGUCCUCAGGGGACAUUGAACAUGAAGAAAAUUGUGCAGAGUGUGGUGGAGAUGAAGGUCUUAUCUUCUGUGCUGAGUGUCCUACAGCAUACCACCUUGAAUGUCAUGACCCGCCGCUACGACAUCCUCCAAGGGGCAGAUGGGUUUGCACAGAAUGUAAAACUGGGGUGAAGAGAAAUUCAAGGUCAAGAUCAAAACGGAAAUCUGCAAAGAAAUCUGGGAGAGCUGCUCCAAAAAGAAAGAAAUAUGUUGAGUCAUCUGAUGAAAAUGAUGAGGAGGAGGAGGAAGAGGAUGAUGAAAGUCAGGAGGAGGAAGAGGAGGAAGAUGAAGAAGAGUUACCUAAGAAAGUUGGUCGCAAACCGAAACAGAAAUCUCCUAAGUCUGGACCAGGCAGGAAACCUGGAUCAGCCAACAAAAAGGAUAAAUCUCGAUCUUCUGUUGGCAGUAACUCUAGUUAUAAUGAAGGCAGGACAUAUACUUCCAGACGGGCACCAUCAGAACUCUCGAUAUGUGAGCAGAUUGUAGGCGAUAUCAUGAAGAUGGAAUCUUCAUGGCCAUUCUUGCUUCCUGUCAGCAAAAAGGAUGUACCCGAUUACCACCGUAUUGUAAAACAUCCCAUGGACCUGCAGCUUGUCAAAGAUAAACUCAAGUGUAUGGUGUACGGCUCAGUGGAGGAAGUCAUUGAGGACGUCAAACAGAUCUUCAUCAACGCUGAAACUUACAACAAGGUUGGAAGUGAAGUGUUGGAUUGUAAGGAUGAAGUGGAGCGAAACUUUGCCCUGUUAAUCAAGAAGAACUUACCUAUGUGCCUGUAUGCCAGAGUAAAAAACAGCCAGUUUUGCUGACGAUAAUUAAUAUAGACAGCUAAAAGUGCUGAGUGUAACGGAUACAAAUAAGCAAGUCUACUGACAGUGAAGAGUAUGGUGAUAUUGAUGUAUAGACGUCCACGCGUGCUGACAAUAUUAGAUAUAGACAGCAAAGCAGGGUGACAUUAUCAAAUAUAAACAAUGAAGUCUGCUGAUGAUAAUGAAUAUGAUUUAAAUCAUUGAUUAGCUGUUUUUAUUAUGUUGACAUUUGAAAUAUAUUAAUUUUGCUGAUGAAUUGCAUGGAUUAUUUUAACACACUGGAACCACAGAUUUGUAAGGACAUUCUGCAUCUGGAAUAUCACAAAUCUUGUGAGAAUGUACUGGAAUAAUGAGAAUCAUGUGAGAACACAUUGGAAUCAUGAGUCUUAUGACAAUGCCCUGGAAUAUCGUUAUCUUGUGAGAAUGCUUUGGAAUAUCACAAUCUUGUGAGAAUGCUCUGGAAUUUUACAGCUCACAGGAUGCAUAAUACCAUCUAUCAAAACUAAUAGGACAUGGAAGUGCGGCCAUCUUGGAUUUGGGCUACAGCUGUUCUGGUGUACAAGGUUAGACAGCACAACAGCUGUUUGUGUGUUAAACUGAACUAUAAUACUAGGUUACAUACCAGCUUGAUGUCCCCUAUCCUAAGGACAUAUGUGUGAUGAAGAUAGGCUUCAUUUGAAAAUGACUGUACUUGUGUCACCUUUGAUCUUGUACUGUGUUCUGAAGAAAGUCCCGUUCUUCAAUUAAAAGGACUUCAAUGAUUUAAUUUUAAGGAAUUCUGAGGAUGAAAGUAUGCUUAUAAUUUUUGCUUUUAAUACUCAAAUUACUUCAGUGUUCAAUAGUUUCAGAAUAGUGCACAUGUAUUAGUAUAUUGAGUAUCUAAACAAAGUCACCCAAAUGCAAAUCCUUGGUUCAUAAUGGGACUCAUAUUUAAUGUAAAAUCUUUCCUCGUCUUCUAAAUUGUGUUUAUUUUGGCAGUUAAACAAGAGUGGUGAUCAUGUAGUCAACAAUUAAAACCAACUACAGAAAAAGGUAUAAUUCAAGUAUUUUUUUAAAAGAAAUUGUGUUUGUAAAUAAAAUACUAUUAAAUCAUGUUGUGUUUCAGUUUACAAACAAUUACUGCAAUUUGAAAUAAUUUUGAUUAUACUUUAUGGAACCUCUACAAUUGCUCAUUAGAAAUAUCCUCUCUGGAAUUAACUUAGAGACAACUGUAUUGUUGAUGCGUUCUCCCUCAAUCCAUUUUACGGUUACCUUAUUAUGAACUGGGUGGCAAAGUAUGGCAGUUAAUUAAUCACUCCAGUCCUUUGGUAGGGUGAUCACUGUGUAGGUGGGACCAAAUGAAUUCUUUGAUAACAUACUCUAUACCUGAGGUACAUUGGUGAACAUUUCAGUAUUCGUGUCAUUGUAUAUCUGAAUAAGAAACAUUUACCAUGACAAGUGUUUGUGGUUUUAAAUCAAACCUACUCUCCAUGAAUUAUUUUAAACACAUAGAAUCUAUGAUAUUUUCUCACAAAAACAUCGUCUGUUUUAAUUGACAGAGCUAUUUAAUGUUUAAUGAAAAAGUUUUUUGAGUUUUUUUCCCUGAAAACUGGACAUAUAUUUUUUCCACAUUUUUUUCACAUGAAUAUCAUACAUCGUAUGACUUUAAAGAGAAUACAUUUUAAUGACAUUUUCAGUCAUGUAUAUCAAUUAUGUGUAAAAGUGUACAUAUUUUUCGUGGAUGCUGAUUAUGCUUUGGCCAUUAAAAACAUGGAGUGUUUCCUAGGGCACAUUAAAAGAAUAGGGCACAUUUACAGUAUUUCCAGUGCUUAUAAUAUAAAAUGUUCAACAAAUAUGGAGGGAUAAUUUAGCACAGGAAACACACACAUACUGUAUAUAUUGUUGGGCCUUGUGUUGUGUUGUACAUGUGGCAGAAUUGACUGUACAGAAUUUAUCAAUCAUGUAGAUCAUGAUUUUAAUUUUAAGCUGAAGGGAUAUAUAUGCUACCCCUCCUUGUAGUUAUUUUUUAAGAGUUCCCCCCCCCCCCCCCCCCCUUCCUUUACGUACAAUUACAGCAGCUUUUUUGUGAAAGAUAUUUCUAGACAUCUUCAUAUGGAACAGUUGAAAACAAGAUUAGGUAGCAUAUAUCCUUAAAGUAAUAUUCAUUGUUUUACAUAAAUCAUUAUUCGUACAAAGCGAAAUUAUUUUCAAGGAAAAAUUCGUUUUUACAUGUGUAACUAUUUAUAGCAUUUUUUAAAAGAUGUAUUAAUUUAUGUCAUGUAAAAUUGUUGUCAUGUAGAACUAUUUAAAUUUUUUUUUCUAGCAGAAUUUUACCAAUUUGUUACAUAACAUUUUUAUGCACCAAAAGUUUUAGGUCUACAGCAACUUGUUGAGUUUGGAUAAAUGCAGAUCCACCAUUGUGUAAUAAAAUAUUUCUAUAGCAAGACUGGUACCCUUCUGGUGCUCUAAAUCAUCGAUACUGUUAUCUACUGGUGUUAUAACCACCUGUAUCACGGUCCUCUUAUCCAAGAUUUAUCUCCAGAACACAUACUAUCUUUGGAGUGCAAGAUUGGCCUGACUUUUAGGAAUGCCAAUUGUAAAUUUUUAAUUGAAAACCGUUUAUUUUCUUAAAGCCCGUCCUCAUAUGACCUUAACUGUAUCAAGGACAUUCAAUCCUUUAAAAAUUGUAUUGCAAGGAAAACUAUUUCCAGGUAGAAACUUUUUAAGAUAUAGACGUGCUUAUAAAAAUAUCUACUUAAAUGUGCUUCCAUUUAUAUUAAGUGAUACAUAUUCCAUUGAGUGAAAAGAAAAAAUCACACAAUUUUCAUUUAACCUGCAGCUUGCGUAACAUGAACAGUGAGUGAAUUUCUCAGGCAUACUGUAUACCUAUUAUUUUAAAUCCACUUUGUGGAUUAUUACCGACAUUAUCACUAUAAUAGUUAAUAAUGGACAGUAAAUAAACUCUUUUUGUUUUAGGGAUGUAGACUUUACCCAAUAAUUAAAGUGUUGUUUGCUUGCAUUGUGACAUUUCGUUAUGUAUCAAUAAACAUUAGACAAAUCUCAA